UGAAGACAUGGUGUUCAUCAACGACAUCAAGACGUGCAACCCCUUCAUCUGCGAGGAGAACUGUGUCGCCUACCUGUUCAGUGUGGACCUCUACAUCGGCGGGUCGAUUGUCUUCAGCAAGAACAUGCUGGACCUGAUGCUGGCUGACCCACAACUACAGCAGUCCAUAACUAACAUCACCGGCACCUCCCAGAUCUGUGACGAGCACCCGAGUGAGUCCGUGGCAGCGUACGUGGUGGUGCCCAUAAUGGUGGUGGUCAUCGCUGUCAUCAUGUCCCUGGUUAUUUGCAGGUGUAGCAGGCACGAUGACAUUACUGAGAAGCAGCAGAAGUACGAGAGGGAGCAGCAGGAGCGGCUGGAGGACCAGCGGAAACGCUCGUCAGGGAUCGUGUCCAUCCUGGGGCUGGGCACCGACACCCGCCACGGCUCCGCCAGCUCAGGUCCCUUCUCCAAGGCUCCCGCUGACGACGACGACCUCAACAACCCCUUUGAUGGAGAGGACAUCGACAUGACAGACUUCAUGGAAUACGACCCAGACUUUGUGGGCGUUAACCCGUCUGACUUUGGGCUGGAGAAAGAGUUCAUGACCACUCGGAGGCCCAUGACGUAUUACAACAACGAUGCCUUCGAGGAGGACGAAGCGACGGUGUACCAGAGGGCGCCCUCAUCCUCCCACAGCAUCGCAGCUACAGACAGUGACGACUCUGGUGACGGGGAUGCUCUCAGCUUCCAGAAGAGCACCAGACACCAAAAGAUGCACUUCAUCAUUCCAGCCGAGAUUCACGCCAAGGAAGACGCAAACGAGACCGUGCUCUAGGUGGGCCAGAACCGUGCUCUAGGGGGGCCUAGACCAUGAUAUACGUAGAGCAGGACCUGCAUGGCUUCGCUUACUAUCUAUCCGGACUCCUCGACCCCCCUUUACUAGCCCUCUUCAGGUCCUAUGGAGAGUUACAGCCCCUCUCCUCCUGCACCACCAGGCGUUUACUUUCUAAGACCGUUGUGCCACUGUAACCUGUUAUACUGCAACACACAGGACGGGUGUGUGUGUGGGCCACUACCACUCACAGGAUGGGUGUGUGGGCCACUACCACUCACAGGAUGGGUGUGUGGGGUCCACUACCACAACAGGAUGGGUGUGUGGGGUCCACUACCACU